AUGGCGAGGAGCACCACCACCGUGGAGGACCUUCCCGCCGACGUGCUGGCCUGCGCGCUGCGCCGCCUCGACGGGCCCUCCCUGGCCGCCGCCAGCUGCGCGACCGCGGGCCUCCGAGCGCUCGCCGCGGACCCGGAGACGUGGCGCGCGCUCUGCCUCGCGCGCUGGCCGUCGCUGGCCUCGCGACCAGACCUCCUCCUCUCCUCCUCCAUCUCUCCGCAGCGCCUCUUCGCCGACGCCUUCCCGUUCCCGUGCGAUGCCUCCUCGGCUCCCAUGGCCCGGGCCGAGGCUGAGCAGCUCCCCGUCCCCAGCGAGCUCGUCUCCGCCGUGGACGUCUACCACCGCGGCGUCGCCGUGCUCUCCCGCGUCGUGGAGACCUCCACGUCGUCCUCGUGGUUCCUCACCUCGCCGUUCUGCGUCGACGCCGUGGAGUGCAAGAGACCCGCCGGUGCCGUGCCCAUCGUCGGCCGCGCCGGCGCCGCCGUGGCCGUGGCCCCGGCGGAGCUGGACCUCAGCUGGGUCGCGAUCGACCCCAGCAGCGGCCGCGCCGUGAACGUGUCCAGCCGCCGCCCCGUCGCCGUGGACAGGCACUGGUACACAGGCGACACGCUGGUGCGCUACGCGGUCGUGCUCGGCGGCUGCAAGUUCGAGGCCACCGUCACCUGCUCCUCCUGCUCCCAGCAGGAGACGGCGGCCGGGCACGUCCGGGAGAUCAGCCUUACCGUCGAGGACGCCGAUGGCGCCGCGGUCAGCGGCGAAGGCACCCUGCGGCUGCUCGCGGCGGCCAUGGCGGGGCCGAGGAAGGGUGGGGCGGAGGAGCAAGAGGAGGCGGCCAAGCGGAGGUACGAGGACUUCGUGAGGAGCAAGAGGGGCAGGAAGGAGUCCAAGGCCAGGAAGGAGGUGCUCGUCGAUCUCUGCUGCUCCGCCGUCAGCGCCGUUGCCGUUCUCAGCUUCAUCGCCACCGUCGUGCUCCGGUAG